AGGUGUCAAUACAUUAUUUUACCCAAAAUAGUCACCCCGGUCCAUUAUGACUUUUACCCGGUCCAUUAUGACUCAUAUCCGGUCCAUUAUUGAUUUGUUGCCAGUCCUUUAUGAGCACGUGCAAUAAUGUUGAUAAACCAAAAAAAAAUGGCUGACAUCAGUGUCCGCUUCGAUUUCAAUUUUAUGUUUUGAAAAGAUCUGUGCAACUUUUCUGUGGAAUUACCUACAAGUCCAGGACUGCGUAACUUCUUUUAGCAACAUUUUGCGUGCUAUAUUUAGAACCGGAACUCUAUAGACGCAGACGACAGUACAGUAUGGCAGGCCUAGUUCCUGCAAAAAUAUCGGACAGAUACGCCAAGAAUGGCGAAGACAUGCUUGAUGUUUUGUCUCAUGACAUAAUGAGGUACGAAAUGCUUGCAGAGAAGGAGACGUUCGACGCUCUUACCUCCGUCCUGCAAGGGGAACAAUCCCAUGACAAUGUCGAGCUACAUGAAAUCGAAGUAAACCGCUUGAACAAUGACAACAACAACAAUGACGAAGGUGAUCCGACGGAAACACACGAGCAGCGUGACACAGGAAGCAGUAGAUUUAGAUCAGUUUCCAAUGAGGACACAGACGAAUUUCUCAGGAAAAAUGUAAAUAAAAACACGGACUACAAAACAAGAUCAGAUGUUAAAACUUUCUACACCUGGGCACAGCAAGUAGGAGAGUUUAGAGAGCUGCAGAUGAUUCCGUUUAAGGAACUAGAUGCUAUUUUAGCCCGGUUUUACUUAGGUGUAAGGAACAAAGAGGGACAGGAGUAUGAACCAGACACGCUUACAGGAUUCCAGAAUAGUAUUGAGUAUUGGAGUCAUAAAUCUAAACAUAUUUUCUGGGAAGAGGAAACGGGAUGA